CGGGCCAGCCUGCGAGGGGUCCUGCGCCGCACCUUGCGCUUUCUCCAUGCCCACCCCAGUGAGGCCGUGCUCAUGCGCAUCAAGGAAGAGCUGCCCAUCUUCUCCCGACCUGGCUUUGCCACCCAGCUGCACCGCUGCUUGCUGGAGGAGGGACGGGACCGCGUGUGGUGCCGAGAGGAGGUGCCAACACUGGGCCAGGCACGGGGGAAGAUCGUGGUGCUGGAGGCACUGGCGCAGGAGGUGCUGGGUAUCCCCUACGAGCAGCUGAGCAUCAGUGAUGCCUGGAACGUGCUCUCGCUGGAGCGCAAGUGGGAGGUGGCCCGCUUCGUGAACCCCCGCUGCUACCAGCACCUGCGGCGCCGGAGGGGGCAGCCUGUGCGCUGGGGGGUGGUCAUCAUGGAUUUCCCCGGGGCAGGGCUCCUCCGGCUCAUCGUGGAGAGCAAUGCCGUGUGGGCUGGCGGACACACCACAGCAGCCCCCGGCACCCCCACGGCUCUGGGCUCUCGCGGCAUCUGCUACCUGGGCAUCGCUGCCAUCGCAUGGGGCAUGGUGACGUGGGUGGAGGUGGGUGCCUGGAUGUACCACUACAGCACCCAAGAGGACUACACGUGGGAGCAGGCCAGGAACUACUGCCAGACCUUCUUCACCGACCUGGUGGCGAUCCAGAACAAGCAGGAGAUCGAGUACCUCAACAAUAGCCUGCCGUUUCACAAGCGUUACUACUGGAUUGGCAUCCGCAAGCUGGGUGGCACCUGGACCUGGGUGGGCACCAAGAAGGUGCUGACAAAAGAGGCGGAGAACUGGGCAGCCAAGGAGCCCAACAACCGCCGCUCCAAUCAGGACUGCGUGGAGAUCUACAUCAAGCGGCCGCAGGAGUCAGGCAAAUGGAAUGACGAGCCCUGCAACCGGAAGAAAAAGGCACUGUGCUACCAAGCCUCCUGCCAGCCUUUCCCGUGCAGCCAGCACGGUGAGUGCGUGGAGACCAUCGGAAGCUACCGCUGCGAGUGCUACCCAGGCUUCCGUGGCCCCGAGUGCGAGGAUGCUGUGCCGUGUACUGAGCUGGAACCCACGGGCGUGCACAUGAACUGCAGCCAUCCCUUCGGAGACUUCCGCUACAACUCCACCUGCGAGUUCGAGUGCCAGGAGGGGUUCGAGCGGCGAGGGGCGGGCACGCUGCGGUGCCUGGCAUCCCAGCGGUGGUCAGCAGACACCCCCACGUGCACAGCCACCACCUGCCCCGUGCUCAGUGCUCCAGUCCGAGGAGACCUGAACUGCUCCCACCUCCAUGGGAACUUCACCUUUGGCUCCACGUGUGCCUUCUCCUGCCAGACGGGGUUUGCACUGAUGGGAUCAGAGAGCCGCGAGUGCACGGCCACAGGGACUUGGACAGGGGAUGCCCCACAAUGUGAAGCCAUCACCUGCCCAGUGCUCAGCACGCCAGACUGGGGAGAGCUGAACUGCUCCCACCUCCACGGGGACUUUGCCUUUGGCUCCACAUGUGCCUUCUUCUGCCAGACGGGGUUUGCACUGAUAGGGUCAGAGAGCCGCAAGUGCAUGGCCACAGGGACCUGGACUGGGGAUGCCCCACACUGUGAAGCCAUCAUGUGCCCGGUGCUCAGUGCUCCAGAGCGGGGAGAGCUGAACUGCUCCCACCUCCACGGGGACUUUGCCUUUGGCUCCAUGUGUGUCUUCUCCUGCCAGACGGGGUUUGCACUGACAGGGCCAGAGAGCCGCAACUGCACAGCCACAGGGACCUGGACUGGGGAUGCCCCACGAUGUGAAGCCAUCACCUGUCCAGUGCUCAGUGCUCCAGACUGGGGAGAGCUGAACUGCUCCCAUCUCCACGGGAACUUCACCUUUGGCUCUACAUGUGCGUUCUCCUGCCAGACGGGGUUUGCACUGAUGGGGCCAGAGAGCCACGAGUGCACAGCCACAGGGAUUUGGACAGGGGAUGCCUCACGAUGCGAAGCCAUCACCUGCCCAGCGCUCAGCGUGCCAGACUGGGGAGAGCUGAACUGCUCCCACCCCCAUGGGGACUUCGCCUUCAGUUCCACAUGUGCGUUCUCGUGCCAAAUGGGAUUUGCAUUAGUGGGGCCAGAGCGCCGCGAGUGCACGGCCACAGGGACCUGGACUGGGGACUCUCCACAAUGUAAAGCCAUCACCUGCCCAGUGCUCAGUGCUCCACUCAGAGGAGACCUGAACUGCUCCCACCUCCACGGGGACUUUGCCUUUGGCUCCACAUGUGCCUUCUCCUGCCAGAUGGGGUUUGCAUCGAUAGGGUCGGAGAGACGUGAGUGCACGGCCACAGGGACCUGGACUGGGGAUGCCCCACACUGUGAAGCCAUCAAAUGCUCAGCACUGGCCACCCCCGAGAUGGGCCAUGCUGCCUGCUCCCACCUCCAUGGAGACUUUGCGUUCGGCUCCACAUGUGCCUUCUCCUGCCAGACAGGGUUUGUGCUGAUGGGGCCAGAGAGCCGCGAGUGCACAGCCGCAGGGACCUGGACUGGGGAUGCCCCACAGUGCAAAGCCAUCAGCUGCCCAGUGCUGGACCCCCCCAGCAGAGGCCAACUGAACUGCUCUCAUGUGCACGGGAACUUCACAUACAACUCCACAUGCACGUUUUCCUGCGAGGAAGGCUUUGUUCGGAUGGGAGCAGAGGUGCUCCAUUGCACGGCCACAGGGAACUGGACCAGGCAUCCCCCUGUCUGCGCAGAGGACAGUGCCCCCUUCUUAAAGCAAGUUCUGGCUUACAGCAGUGGCACGGCUCUGGCGGUAGCUGGCAUCGUGCUCUUGGGGACGCUCAUUGCCCUCCUCGCCAAGCGGCUCAGUGACAGAGAGGAGAAGAAGAAGCUCCUGAACCCCACCAGUGACCUUGGAUCGCCGGGCAUCUUCACCAACGCAGCGUACGAUGCAAACCUCUAA